CUCCGGGAUCCGCCUAGCCCGCCCGCAGCGCCGCCCAUGGCCUUCCCGCCGAAAGAAGAUACUGGGAGGAGCAUAAAAGACUGCUGGGAUAGCCUGGAUGCCCCUGCACUUUCUACUUGCAGCAAUGCAGAUAUAUUCCGCCGAAUAAAUGCAAUGUUGGACAACUCUUUGGAUUUCAGUGGAGUCUGCACCACGCCUGUCACAAAAAGCAAACGUGACAUCCUUCCAGGUGAUGUGUUUGGCUGGGUUCGAGACUUCCAGGACUCUGAAGAAGCAGUGGCAAGCAGGAUGCUUUUCCCCACGUCCACGCAAGAGUCUUCCCGUGGCCUCCCAGACACCAACGAUCUGUGCCUUGGCCUGCAGUCCCUCAACCUGACAGGGUGGGACAGACCCUGGAGCACCCAGGACUCUGAUGCUGCAGCACAAACCAGCACACAGUCCGUUCUCAGCAUGCUGAGUAACCCUCUUGGGAACGUCCUGGGGAAGCCCCCACUGGGUUUCCUGCCUCUAGACCCCAUUGGUUCGGACCUGUCAGAAAAGUUUUCCACGCCGACGCUGAGGAACUCUCGCCUGGACUCCCGCUCCCUCCUGGACUCCCGCUCCAGCAGCCCCUCGGACUCAGACACCAGUGGUUUCAGCUCUGGCUCCGACCACCUCUCAGACUUGAUUUCAAGCCUUCGCAUCUCCCCCCCUCUGCCCUUCCUGCCCCUCAGUGGGGUGUCAAGAGACCCCCUAAAGAUGGGAGUGGGGUCCCGGCUGGAUCAAGAUCAAGCUGCCCUGGCUGCAGUAACUUCCUCCCCAGCCAGUGCAUCGAAAAGAUGGCCUGGAGCAUCUGCGUGGCCUUCCUGGGAUCUCCUGGACUCUCCAGAAGACCCCUUCAGUAUCGAAAGAGAAGCCAGGCUUCAUAGGCAAGCAGCAGCUGUGAAUGAAGCAACCUGCACCUGGAGCGGGCAGCUGCCUCCCCGAAACUACAAGAACCCCGUCUACUCCUGCAAAGUGUUCCUGGGAGGAGUCCCGUGGGACAUUACGGAAGCUGGACUGAUCAACACCUUCCGUGUUUUUGGCUCACUGAGUGUGGAGUGGCCUGGUAAGGAUGGCAAACACCCACGCUGCCCUCCCAAAGGUAAUAUGCCUAAAGGAUAUGUCUACCUGGUGUUUGAGUCGGAGAAAUCUGUGCGUGCUCUGCUCCAGGCAUGCUCCCAGGACCUGCUGAGCCCUGAUGGGCUCAGUGAAUACUACUUCAAGAUGUCCAGCCGCAGGAUGCGCUGCAAAGAGGUGCAGGUGAUCCCAUGGGUGCUGGCAGACAGCAACUUUGUGCGCAGUCCGUCGCAGCGGCUUGAUCCCAGCAAGACGGUGUUUGUGGGGGCUCUGCAUGGGAUGCUGAAUGCGGAGGCCCUGGCAGCUGUAAUGUGUGACCUGUUUGGAGGGGUGGUCUACGCUGGCAUCGACACGGACAAGCACAAGUAUCCCAUCGGGUCUGGCCGUGUCACCUUUAACAACCAGCGCAGCUAUCUGAAGGCAGUGACCGCUGCGUUUGUGGAAAUCAAAACUACCAAGUUUACUAAAAAGGUUCAGAUCGACCCGUACCUGGAGGACUCCAUGUGCCAAGUCUGCAGCGCCCAGCCGGGCCCUUUCUUCUGCAGAGACCAGAUCUGCUUCAAGUACUUCUGUCGCUCCUGCUGGCACUGGCAGCACUCCAUGGAGGUCCUGCGUCACCACCGCCCGCUGAUGCGCAACCAGAAGAACAGAGACUCCAGCUAAAGAGGCCGCCGAGGCUCGGGGGCUGCCGCAGGCGCAGGAGAAAGUCCUUUUGUUAACCUGCCAAGUGGAGAGCGCACGAGCGUGCCUGCUGGUGCCAGACCCAGGCUGGGAACGUGCUUCCUGAGGACUAAUGGGGAAAAAAAAAAAAAAUCUUACAUUCACGUUUGCACUUGCUGGUCUUUUUGUUUCUGCACUAAUGCACAGUGAAUUUUGUCGGGUUUUGUU